GCGGCUUAGUACAUGAAUUUCGCAGUGUCUGUUCAUUAUUUAGCCUGGCCAAAGAAAUGGACAUUGAUGAAAAGUUGCGAGAGCAGAGCAAGGUGCUCUUACAGAAAUUGAAAGCAAAGCAAGGCAGACUACAGCAUAUGCUAAGUGCCAGUCGGAAUAAUGAUACAAAUGUGAAAGAUACCACACAGAAAUAUCACACAGAUUCCAAUACAUCGCAAGCAAGAAGUAGUGGUACAAAACAGUAUGAUGGAGAAACAGUCACCCAAUCUUUAAAGGAAAAUGGAAAGUCAAGAAUUAGAGUAUCGAAACCAAAACAAAUUCAGAUAGAAAACAAAGAAAAUUUUGAUCAAACUACUCAGUUGAAACAAGGACUCCAAUCCAAAGAAAUGAUGCAGGAGAUCAGUAAUAAAGGAAAAAUGUGUAACCCUGGCAUUUCGUAUAGAAGAGCAGACAAUGAAGUUAAGUAUGGUAAAAAACCUUUGUCAACCAAUGGAAAAUUUGAGAGAAAUGAGAGAGAUGCUACCGUAUCAGAAAGAAGAAAGUUAAUUGAUCGCAAUGUACAGGUUGAAGGGGAAGACAUGAGCUGUAUGCAAACAAACAGUGGACUAAAUUUUAGUUAUUCAAGAUUUGAUGAAAGUGAUCUUGAUUUUGCAAAGUCAUGUAUGGAUGACUCUGCAAAGGAGGAGGAACCUGAACAAUACUUUGAUUGGCUUCAGGAAGCUGGAAAUGACAAAAGAGCAGCCAGACUGAUCCAAGAAUCAUCCAAACCAAAAUCGAUACUACAAACUACAGGCCCGAAAUCUCUGAAAAAGUCUUUGAGCAGAGUGAGUUUUCUGACAUCACAGGAUAGUCUGGGGAGUGACAUAGAUCCCCAGGGCACAAGGCAUCUGCUAGGAUACGACUGGAUUGCUGCUCUACUUGACAAUGAAAGGGGUACAACAAGCCUUCCAGAGAGUUACUUUGAUGAACUGAGGGAAUUUAGGCGGCUCAACAGAGAUGAAUGUGUGAAUAAAUUUUACAUGGAAGGCCCUGAGUCACUCUUUUACGAGUCUUCUGACCCAGAACCUGUGAAGGAAAUCCUUCAGGACACCAAUAUGAUUAAAGGUAGAGCAAGUAAAAUGAAAGAGGUAAAACCUUACAUAGUGAACAACAGGCUUUUCACAGAACCUCUGAAGAAUAAUCUGCUUCCAGGAGAGGAGUCUCCUAAUGAAAGGAAAACAACAAAAAAGCCUACCCAGGAGGACCCAAGAUUUGUCAGAGUCAGUAUACCCAGAUCAACACUUCUAUCACCACACCGUGUUAAACCACAUCGAAGAAAGAGUUUGGAGGACACUGACUCCUUUUCUCUGUCUCAGCAUUGUAUGAAAGGAUACGAGAAUUCUGUUCCUUCCAUGGUCCCGACAGCAUCCAAUAUUGGCCUACGAGAUGCUUCAUUGGGCCUCAAGUCCAAAAUGCAAACAACUCUAACAGAUGCUGAAAGAAUGGCAGCAAGUUUUCCUUAUGCAUGGGAUACUUCCGCAGCUGAUCAACUGAAGCCAGUAAAAUCCAGUUUGUAUUCCUCUUAUCAGGAUAUGACCCUCCCUUAUAGCAUGCGCUCUAAUGUUCCUGGGGUAGGAGAAGAAUCCCUGAGGCUAAAGAAAGCCACAGAAGACCUGCUGAACUCUACCUAUUCCUUGAUGUAUGAGAUGCAGAAUAUCAAAAAGAACAGGGAAAUUGGAGUGUAAUCAAAUCAGACUGACCUUAUGAAAUGUGAUGAUUUAUGUUUUUAUUUUAUGUACUGAAGCUGUUUCUUUAAUAGUAUUAAAUUAUUUAAUUAUUUUAA